AAAUUGGGGCAAAUUUGACGGAUUCUGUUUUUCGUGGAAUUUAUCGCGGUGUACGAGCCCAUCCUGAUGAUUUUACGCAAGUUUUACAUCGUGCCAGAAAUGCUGGUGUUGAAAAAAUCAUAGUAACUUCUGGAACUGUAAAUGAAGCUCAUGAAGCCUUGGAAUUAGUAAAAAAUCAUGAUGAUCUUUAUAUGACCGUUGGUUGUCAUCCAACGCGUUGUAAUGAAUUUGAACAAGAUCUUGGAGGGCCAGAUGAAUACUAUCAAAAACUUUUAAAUUUUGCUACAAGUCGAGAAUCUCAAGAUAAAAUUGUAGCAAUUGGAGAAUAUUAUGAUCGACUUCAUUUUUGUCAAAAAGAAACACAAUUGAAAUAUUUUGAGCUUCAAUUUGAUUUGGCCGAAAAAACUGGACUUCCGAUGUUUCUUCAUAAUCGUAAUACUGGAAAUGAUUUUAUGGAUAUCCUUCAACAUAGACAUAGAUUUGUAAAUGGAGUUAUGCAUUCAAUGACUUGUACAAUGGAAGAAAUGAAACGCGCUGUUUCUUUAGGUUUAUAUCUUGGGAUUAAUGGAUGUUCAUUGAAGACACAAGAAAAUCUUGAAGUGAUAAAAAACGCGCCAAUAGACAAGUUAAUGAUAGAAACCGAUGCCCCAUGGUGUGAUAUUAGACCUACACAUGCGUCAUAUAAAUAUUUAACCUUACCAGAAGAAAAAAAAUUAUUAUAUCAGCCUACAACGCGUAAAAAAGAAAAGUUCAUUUUGAAUAGUAUGGUUAAAGGACGUAAUGAACCUUGCUGUAUUGGGUAA